AUGUCUUGGAAAAACGAGAGACCUCUGUCAACUGCUGAACUCUUAGCCAUAUUAGAAGAAGAUGAGGAUUUAUUUCAGACUGAUUCCGUUGAUGCCGUGUAUAUUCCGCCACCUGUAGACGAAGUCACAGACGAAGAAGAGCUUGAUGACGACUUACGUGAAAAUGUGAUAAAUUUACCAGAUGUCGCGGGAACUUAUGAAAUACAUGCAAGUUUACCUAAUUCUUCUGAAGAUUUGGACAGUGAAUUAUUACCAUCAAGUUCAAUAAAAUCAAAGGUUAGUAAAAAAAACAUAAAUAAGUCAAAGACAGCUCUUCCAAAGUGGAAGAAAGAGGUUCCAGUGUAUACAACAGCGCCACAGAAUAAAGAAAAAAUAAAUUUGGAAGACAUUGAAAAUAGAAUUGGUGACGAGGAUAAAGGAAUACCAUUAGUUAGAAACAGUAUGAGUAGGAACAGAUUCGAUUCCAUAAAGCAAAACUUACAUUUAUCAGAUAACGACCAACUUGAUAAAAAUGACAGAUUUUCAAAACUAAGACCUCUUUUUGAUUUAAUAAAUGAAAAAAAUAUGCAGUUUGGAGUAUUUUCUCAUAACCUAUCAAUCGAUGAGGAGAUGGUGCCAUAUUUUGGACGACAUAGUUGUAAGAUGUUUAUCAAGGGAAAACCAAUCAGAUUUGGCUUCAAAUUAUGGUGUCUCUGUAGUUCCAAUGGUUACUUAUACAAAUGUAUACCUUAUGGUGGGAAAACAAGCACUUAUAAUAAUGAAUUAGGUUUAGGAGCAAAUGUUGUACUAGAGCUAUUGUCAGUUGUUCAGCACCCAUCUCUUCAUCGCGUAUUUUUUGACAAUUUCUUUUCAUCAUACAAAUUAUUCUGUUUACUGAAAGAAAGAGGGUUUUACGCUACUGGAACAAUACGUGAAAAUCGUACAUGUAAUAACACGAUAGAAACUGUAAAAAAUUUGAAGAAAAAAGAUCGUGGUACUUAUGAUUUUUCUUUUGAAAAUAAUCAAAAAAUAUUGUUGGUCAGAUGGAACGACAAUUCUGUGGUGACUGUUGUCACUAAUAACAGUACUAUUGAACCUCUUGUGGGCGCAAAACGGUACAACAGAAAAGAAAAAAAGGCUGUUUCAAUUUCUCAACCAAAAGUUAUAGCUGAGUAUAAUCAACAUAUGGGAGGUGUUGAUUUGCAUGACAACGGAAUAUGUAAUUACAGAAUCAACGUAAAAGGAAAAAAGUGGUGGUGGCCCCUCUUUGUAAAUUUGAUCGACAGUGUAAUUGUAAAUGCCUGGAAAGUACACAAUUUAGCAAACAAAUCAAAAAUGUCACAGUUAGAUUUUAAGUCUUACAUAGCAGUCGCUCUUAUGAAAAUGAAUGAACCAGCCCCUGAAAAUAAUAUUCAAGACCAAGAUACUUCGGGACCAAGUAACCAAAUAAACUUGUCUUUCAAUCCAAAUUAUGGGCGACCAUCUAAAAGCGCAUUACCCGUAGAAAUUCGAGUUGAUAAUUUCGGUCACGUGAUAGUAGAAGAUAAAAAUAAAGCAAGAAGACGAUGUAGACAGUGUAAAAGCACCACUAUAUACAAGUGUGUCAAGUGUCAAGUGCAUCUUCACGCAAACUGCUUUGAAAAAUUUCACACUAAAUAA